ACCAUCUACAAAGAUCUGCUUGACGGUUAUAACUCUCAAAUACGACCGGUAUUGACUGACGCUGAACCAACGCAUGUGAAUAUAGGUUUUGUCCUCUUCUCUCUGGUGGAACUGAAAGAGGUUGAGCAGUCCAUAGCACUGAACGGAAUGUUCAAAUUGGUGUGGCACGAUGCAUCUUUACAGUGGGACCCCGAUGUUUAUGAUGGCAUCAGGAACAUAGAGGUGGAACAACAGAAGGUCUGGCUGCCGGACAUCGUGAUAACCAAUACAAUGAAUAAACGAGGAAUCCUAGGUUUUGAUGAGAUGAAACUGCUGGUCGAACAUACAGGGAUGGUGGCUUGGCAACCAUCGGGUCUCUUCACCUUGUCAUGUCAAAUUGACGUUACCUACUUUCCCUUCGACCAACAAAUUUGCAAAAUUGUAGUGUCUACUUAUUCAUCUACAGAAAAGGAUAUUUCGUUUGUUGCCAACAGUUUUCCGAAAGCUACGAACACUCCAAAUGGAUUAUGGGAAAUUGUAAAUGUGACAACGGAGUUGCUGGAAUCGGGUGACACGAAUGCUUUACCUGAAAUAUUCGUUUACUUGGAUCUCAAACGUCGUCCUGUCUACUACAUCGUGAACGUCCUCUUGCCCGCCAUCCUCCUGUCCAUCGUCAGCGUCCUGGUGUUUCUACUUCCGGUGGAUUCUGGAGAGAAGAUUGGACUCUGCAUCACCGUUCUGCUGGCGUUCUUUGUGUUCCUGUCAGGGACUGGCGUCAAGUUACCAGUAACAUCCCUGCAAACCCCCUUCCUGGUCAUCUUCAUCUCAUCCUUGACCGGCAUGAGUGGACUGUCCCUGUUGGCAUCCAUCGCCGUCCUCAACGUCCACCACAGACCCGAUCAUAUCCCAAUACCUGGAUUCAUCAAGGUAUGGGUCAGGUGUAUGCUGUGCAAACGAUUGAAGAUGUCCGUAAACAAAGUGUCUCCCAUCGAACAGCAAUGUCUGCACAAUCGUCCCCUGACCUUGUGUGACAGCCCCGGAUGUGGAAACGGUGAGGAAAAGCGGAACGAGAACCUAACACCGGAAGCUCCUGUUACAGAAGACCUUGACUCAGAGGUCAGAAAUGAUUUGAGUUCGGAGGUCAGGAUCACGUGGCAGCAAGUAGCAAGGUGCGUGGAUAUCACAUGUUUUGUUUUCUUCAGCGCAGGCGUAAUGAUAACAAAUAUUUUGUUUGGUCUCAUUAUGCUCCAAACCAUUGAAGUGAAAGUGCAAGGAUAUUAAACGGCAAAGUUUAGUACAUAAAACCCAUGCUACACCAUUGAUGUAAUAUAGACGGAAGGACCAGCUAAAGGAAGGAAAAUCAGAUGUAUUUGGUCACUUUAAUAUACAUUUUGAUCAGCGCUUGAAUAUUUUUAACGCCGCAGUUUCAACAACACCAAUUUGUAUCCAACAGACUUGUGCCUGAAAUUAUCAGCGAUAACAAACGCCAUCGGGGAAAGGAGCGGUGGGGUAGCCUUAUGGUUAAAGUGUUCGCCCGAAAGCCAGGG